AUGAGUGCCCUGCAAGGUGUAUUUUCAAUUGUAGGGGCAAUUGCAGGGAGAUUAGUUGAGCCAGUGAUGCUCCACGUUGGUUUUGUUUUUCGGUACAAGAAGAAGCAGGAGAAUCUGGAAGUUGAAAUUAAAAACCUUGAAGAGCUGAUAGAACAAAUCAAAGAAAAAGUUGACGAAGCCAUUACUCGUGGUGAAGAAGUUGAUGAACCUGUUUCAAACUGGCUAGCGGAGGUGGAAGAAAGAGUUUUGGAAUUUAAGGAUGAAAAUACUGUUAACGAAAACAUGCAGUGCUCUGUAUUCUUAUGUCCGGACUACAUCUCGCGUUACAGAAUGAGCAAGGAAGCCGAAAACAAGAUCGUAGAAGUAAAAAAGUUCACUCAGAGUGGCAAGUUUAGCACAGUUGCACUUCCUAAGCCAUUUGCUCAGGAACUUCAAUUCACAUCGUCAAGUACAAACUAUGUGAAUUUUGAGUCGCGAGAAUUGGUUUUCAAUAACAUCAUGGCAGUAUUACAAGAUUCCAAUGUUAAAAUGAUUGGAGUAUAUGGAACAGGAGGGGUUGGAAAAACGACAAUGGUUGAAGAGAUUGGCAAACUAGUGAAAAAUGGACUUUUUGAUGAAGUCGUUGUUGCAGUUGUCUCUCAGGACGCAAAUGUGAGCAAUAUUCAAGGGCAACUCGCUGAUCGCUUGAAUCUAGAACUAAAAGGGGAAACUGAAGUGGGAAAAGCAAGCAAAUUAUGGAAUAGAUUGAACAAUGGGAAGAAAAAUCUCAUUAUAUUGGAUGAUAUGUGGCAAGAAUUGAACUUGAAGACAAUAGGGAUUCCUAUCACUGAUGGAAACAAUUGUUGCAAAGUUGUGAUAACGUCUCGAAUCCGAGGUGUGUUGGAAAUGAUGCAUGUUGAUAGAUAUGUUCCAAUGCAAGUAUUAUUAGAGAAAGAAGCAUGGGCCCUAUUCAAGAUGAAGGUGGGUAAUUCUGUUGACUCUCAUGAACUCCAUGAUAUAGCUGAUGCAGUCUGUAAAGAGUGUGGAGGCUUGCUAGUUGCUAUACUUGCAGUAGGAGCCGCAUUGAAAGAUGCUAAUAUUUCAAUUGAAGUGUUGGCGAGACACUGCACAGCGAGAAGUUUGCUUAUUUCAAUUGAAGUGUUGGCGAGACACUGCACAGCGAGAAGUUUGCUUGAAAAAAACACAAAUACACUAAGAAAAGCAAGCCGUCGAGUGCUUACAGUGGUCGAUGUCCUCAAAGAUGCUUGUUUGCUAUUAGAAGGUGAAUAUGAAAACUUUGUCAAAAUGCAUGAUGUUAUUCGAGAUGUUGCUCUUUCAAUUGCGAAAGAUGAUGGCAAGGAAAUUCUAGUAAAACAUGGUGUCAAAGAGUGGCCCGAGAAAGAUACAUGCAAAUCUUCCUCAGCAAUCUCGUUAAGUUUCGACAACACUCUUGAGCUUCCGGAUGAUUUGGUAUGUCCACAACUCCACACCUUGACCAUACUAGGUACCUAUCCUUUGCUUAAUGUUCCAAAUAGGUUUUUCAGUAGAAUGGAGAAACUUACAAUUUUAGAAUUGAGUAGCAUCUGUAUGUUGCCUCAUUUGUCUCUUGCUAAUUUGGUUAACCUUCGGAUGUUACGGUUAGAUUAUUGUGAGUUGGGAGACAUAGCUAUACUCAAGGAUCUAAAUAACAACCUUGAAAUAUUCGAGGUUCUAAUAUCGAGGUUGAAAUAUCUCUUCUCCCUGUCCUGUGCAAAAGGAUUUCCACGACUUCAGUUCCUGGAAAUAUGGAAUUGUGAAAUGAUGGAAGCAAUAGUUGGAAUUGAAGAAGAAAAAGAUGAAGAUGAACUCUCAAGUCAGGUUACAUUCCCUGCCUUGGAGAGUUUGACUAUUGAUGGACUAACAAUGAUAACAAAGAUAUGGGAUAGGAAAUUACUUCCAUUAGAGUCUUUUCGACAAUUGAGAAGCAUGACCAUCCGGAGCUGUGAGAAACUGGUGAAUGUCGGUUUGUCCAUUAUGCCUCGACAAUUACCAAAACUAGAACACCUUCACGUUAGUUAUUGUCAAGAGUUGAAAGUAACAGUAUUAAAGAAUGGGGGGGAAGAAGAAGACAAAGAAGAAAACAACAAUAAUACCAACUCGUUCCUUCAACUAAGGAGUUUGACACUUGAAGAUUUGUAG